CCAUCCACGGUGAUCCACCCUAUAAAGAACAAUUACAUACAUGUUCGGUCUGUUUUAGCGUAUCUAAUUUGCUGUAGCUUAAAGUCUACUCUCUGCGUUUCUGACGGCGAUUUUGUCUGACAAGGUCAGGUGAGGAAUUUAGCAAAAUGCUGGCACUAAUCGUGCUUGGUGCUUCCAUUGCUGUGGCAUGCGCACUUGUCUGCACACCGGAGAUUUGUGAAGGAAUAACCCAACCUAUCCUCACAUGCAAGGGCGGCAUUAUCAAAGGGGGAGGCUUCUGUCACUGUACAGAUGUCUGUGCCAAGGUUGAAGGAGAGCUGUGUCAGGCUGAAUUCCAUCACGGCUUCAUCAACAACCUGGGCUACUGCGACACCGACCUGCACUGCGUGCGGAAUUCUACCCUUAUUUUCGGAGGGGGCUGGUGUGUCAAAAACCCUCCUCCGGUCGAUCUUUUAGUUCGACACACUACCGAGCUUCACCAGAAGCGUGACACGGGUGCAGGAAGAACUCUGUGUGAACAAAGAAGACUGACGUCUCUAAUUUCCAUGGUUGUGUGGGAAGGCAAGUGGAUCGCCAAAUGUGAUGAGAAUGGUGACUUCCUGCCCAUGCAGUGCGACAACACAAACCACUGCUUCUGUGUGGACAUUAAGACAGGAGAGGUUCUUGACGGUACCAAGGUGUUAGGGAAUGCUGAGUGCUAAAUCUGUCUUCAGUCAUCACUUAUGGCUACAAAAUCUUUCUGUCCAACAAAACACACAUGCAUUUUAUACAUACAUUCUAUGUUAAUAACAUUCUUAUAAAUCCUUAUAAUCUUUACUUCGUUCCUCACAAGGCCCACAAAAAAGUGCAUCUAUCUACCAUUUGUUAAAGUUUUAUCAAGUUAGGAUUCUGCAUAUUUUUGUGUAACCAGACCACAAUACAUGUAUCUCAAUUCAAAUGAAAGUGAUUAAUAAAUGUUUGAAAAAUAA